UCAUUGGUCGAGCAGAGCCACUAGGGGUAGGGCAGCACCGGAGCGACGACAACAAAGGGCGGCAGGCGGCUGUGACCGCGUCUCCCGGUGCUCUCCUCAGGCUGCGCACCCGGACCUGCCCGCCUGGCUCCAGAUGAAGUGUGAGCACUGCACGCGGAAGGAAUGUAGUAAAAAAACAAAGACCGAUGACCAGGAGAAUGCAUCAGUCGAUGUACCAAGUCCAGCCCAGGAGAAUGGAGAGAAGGGAGAAUUCCAUAAAUUGGCUGAUGCCAAGAUAUUUCUGAGUGACUGCCUGGCCUGUGACAGCUGUGUAUCUGCCGAGGAAGGAAUCCAGGUUUCCCAGCAGAACGCUAAGGACUUCUUCCAAGUUCUGAACCUUAACAAGAAAUGUGAUACCUCAAAGCACAGGGUGCUGGCAGUGUCAGUGUGUCCUCAGUCUUUGCCUUAUUUUGCUGCUAAAUUCAGUCUCAGUGUGACUGAUGCAUCCAGAAGGCUCUGUGGUUUCCUCAAAAGUCUUGGGGUGCAUUAUGUCUUUGAUACAACGAUCGCUGCAGAUUUCAGCAUCCUGGAGAGUCAGAAAGAGUUUGUGCGUCGAUUCCGCCAGCACAAUGAGGAAGAGCCUGCAUUACCCAUGCUGACCUCUGCCUGUCCUGGCUGGGUCCGCUAUGCUGAGCGGGUGCUGGGUCACCCUGUCACCCCCCACCUCUGCACUGCCAAGUCUCCCCAGCAGAUCAUGGGAUCCCUGGUGAAGGAUUACUUUGCCAGACGGCAGAACCUGUCCCCAGACAAGAUUUUCCAUGUCAUCGUGGCACCGUGCUACGACAAGAAGCUGGAGGCCCUUCAGGAAGACGUCCUCACAGCCUCUCGGGGUUCCCGGGGCACUGACUGCGUGCUGACCUCAGGUGAGGGUGGGGCCUUGGGAAAGGCCACUGGGAGGCAGGCCGGCGAACACGUGGAGCUUCGUCCUUCAGAGCAAAGCAGAAAGCGCAUGUGUGCCCGGGGACAUUGCUGGCAUCUUAAUGUCCCUUCUUUGCUUGUAGGUGAAAUAGCUCAGAUGAUGGAGCAGAGUGACGUCUCAGUGAGAGAGGCUGCCCUGGACACGCUGUUUGGCGACGUGAAGGAGGAGGAGCUGAGGCGCCAUGAUGGAGCCGGCUCUGACGGGUACCUGGCACACAUCUUCAGACAUGCGGCCAAGGAGCUGUUCAACGAGGAUGUGGGGGAGGUCACCUACCGGGCCCUGAGGAACAAAGACUUCCAGGAGGUCACCCUCGAGAAGAGCGGAGAGGUCCUCUUGCGCUUUGCUGCAGCUUAUGGCUUUCGAAACAUCCAGAACGUAGUCCUAAAGCUGAAGAAGGGCAAGUUCCCAUACCACUUUGUGGAGGUUCUUGCCUGUGCUGGCGGAUGCCUUAAUGGCAGAGGCCAAGCCCAGACCGCGGACGGACGCACAGACAAGACCCUGCUACAGAAGAUGAAAGGCAUCUACGCUGACAUCCCCGUGCAGCUCCCAGAGGCCAGCACCCACGUGCAGGAGUUGUACCAGGAGUGGCUGGAUGGCACCGACUCCCCCCGUGUCCAGGAAGCCCUGCAUACUGCAUACCAGGGCCCAGGGCGGCCCGCUGACAGCCGAGACAUCAAGUGGUGAAGAUCGAGGAGACUGGGAGGCAGGCCUGUCAGCUGAGGAUGGAGGAGCUGCCCUGUGUGGGUAUCAGAGACACUUGAAGAAAACAGCUCAGCUUUCCUUUUGCCACUUUGGUUUUUCAGAAUCCUCUGCUACCCUCAUUUGUCAGCAGCCCCCUCCCUCAGUUCGAUGUGGUGCUAUCUUCGUAAUAUGUGUGUAAUUGGAAUAUUUUAACAGGAGAGAAAGGUUUCCGAUCUGAGUUUCCUUUAAGACUUAAAAAUUCCAAAGAAAAAGAAUGGAGACAGACUACUGUCUUUUAGGCUUAAAAAAAGAAAUCCAAAAAGUGUCCUGUGAAAAGUUAAGACCCCAGAAGUUGUGAUUCACAUACCUCAGAGAUUUGCUGUGGAAAUGACAGGAAGCAGGCAGGCUGCAGGGGCUGUGGGCCAUGGUCUGUGGUCUUCCCAGUUGGCUCUGGUUUUCACAAACCACGUUUUUCUAUUCCUGAGAAUGGUUUUGCCAGAAUGUGAAUAAACUGCAUCCUUUUGGAAUUGGGGGGCUCAUAUGAAUCUGGAUUUUCAGUUUCUCUAGAGAAAAAGUUCCAGCAACAGUGGGCCGUGUUUCUCACUGCCGCAGUGGCAGCCACCUCCUGGGACCAGCCCCUCUAACUGUGGGCCUGGCAGGCUCUGGCAGCUUAUACCCCACACUCAUGCUUUCACAUUCAGGCUUUAGGUGAACUCACCUCGAGGCAGAGGGAGGCCUGUGAAGGGUGACAGGCGUUACACAUGGAAGGAUGGGAGAGGCAGCUGACCUGCUUAGGCCAAACUGUGGUCAGGAGUCCGCCUGCUCCAUGCUUCUCUGGGUGGGAUCAGACAGGUGACAGCCAUUCUGUCCCCAACCUCAGAUGAGGCAGCUUCUCGAUGGUCUUGCCUCUCCCUGCCACCGCCCCACCCCCCCGCCAUCACCCUCAUGUACUGGGGGCCUGGCUCAUCCACGUGGCCCUUGACAGGAUCCCCCCCGACCUGGCAUGUAGUGCUCAUGUGAGCUUGCCUUAAAGAUAAAUGGAAGAGAACAGUUUUCCCAUGAACAGAAAGGGCUAGCAAAGAAUCGGAAAUUACAGAAUCACAAAACCACAUCAGGGCUCAUCCUGUGAAACAAAGACGUCUGUGGAUAGGCGUCCAGUUGGUUCUUCAAAGCACUUGAAUUUUGUUAACAUGGAUGGUAGCAACGUUCUUGGAUUCUUCAGUGCUUAUGAAGCCUGAGCUGUUAGAUUUCCUUCACUGACUCUAUGUUGUAUUGUACCUGUAUACCUAUUGGGGUUGAAAACUGGAUAUAUUGUGUGAAAUUGUAUAUUUUUUGCUUUCAACCUAUGUACAAUUAAUUGGGUUUCUCUCCUCUGCAGUAACUGAUUCUGCAAUAAACACUUGAGGAGUGUCUGAGUUUG